GCUUAUAUAUCGGAUGGGAAAUUUAGAUUUUGUUCAUAUGAUAUAUGAGUCCAGCCUUGCAUCGGAAUUAAGUUUCUUUGUUCUUUUUGUUUUUCUGAGUCUCUGGUUAACGUGAUCAACGACGAUUUUCGUACUGCCGAUGUCGUUGUCAACUAGAUAUUUCGCGGCCAUGAACGGCGAAGAGCCACCGAUUGAGAAGAAGAAGAAGGCCUCUGAGGUGUACCCGAUUCUGCCACUUCCGGAUGAUCUGGUAUUGAGUUGUUUGGCACGCGUCUCUAGAUUGCAUUACCCAACUCUCUCACUCGUAUCCAAGAGUUUCCCCUCACUCCUUUCUUCACCGGAGCUUUACAAGACUAGAUCACUCUUAGGUCGUACCGAGAGUUGUCUCUACGUGUGCUUAAGGCUCCCUCCUGACUUUCACACAACUUGGUUCACUCUCUGCCGGAGACCAGAUCACGCCCAGAAGGAGAAGAAGAAGAAGAAGAAGUCAAGUGGAAAUCUUUUAAUCCCAAUCCCAUCUCUGCAAUCUCGUCCUGUGCACCCGUCCGGUCUCUCGGCGGUUGGCUCUAAUAUCUACAACAUCGGUGGACAUAUCAACGAUGCGCCUUCGUCUACUGUCUCGAUCCUGGACUGCAAGUCUCAUACUUGGUGCGAGGCUCCAAGCAUGCUGGUGGAGCGGGCUUAUCCAGUUUCCAGUGUUGUUGAUGGUAAGAUAUAUGUAGCAGGAGGAUGUGAAGAAGAUUACAGUUCCUCCACAUGGAUGGAGGUCUUCGAUUUGAAAAAGCAAACUUGGGAACUUGUGUCGAGCCCUCUUGUAGAGAGAUGCGAUAGUGGUAUGAACAGGAGCGCAGUAAUUGACGGAGAAAUAUUUAUGUUUGGGAAUAAGGGUUUGGGUGUGGCUUACAAGCCAAAAGAAGAUAAAUGGCAAGGCAUAGGUGCUAUGACUAAUUUGGCUUUAGGAUGGCGAUACUUUUCUCAUUGCGUGGUAGAUAUAGUUAAAUAUAAAUUUGUCCUUAUCACACACUAUAUAUAUCCUAUGAAUACAAUACCUCCGAUCAGAGUUUCCAUCCGACUACAGUUUGAUUAACGGCGAUUUUCGUACUGCCGAUGUCGUUGUCAACUAGAUCUUCCGUGGCCAUGAACGACGAACAGCCACCGAUUGAG